AUGGAGUCGAUCCUGGGCUCAGACUACGACGACAGCCACCGAGCAUUCCUCCAAGCUCUGCUUACUCACAGCACCCUCACGUUCGAACAAGCACAGCCGAUCCUGGCGGCCAUAUUCAACGCCGACGGCAUCCAUGAAUCAGUCACCAGGCCAGAGCAAAUCACCCAAGAUGAAUUCAAGAGAUACAUUGAUGUAGCAUCUGACGCCGCCUCCCUCUUUGACUAUCAAGUGCGCAGCAUCAUUCACCAAGUCACCAAGCAACGGGUCUACGCACUCGUCAACACUCAGUCCGACCCCCAGACACAACUGGCCACCACCUACAGCCCCGAAGAGUUAGCCUUCAUCAAACGUGUUCUCGACGGCAUGUUUGACAAGUACAACACGCCGCGGAUGGAGGUGUUGGCUGUGACGGAAAUGCAGGCCAUCAAAUUCGCCAGACCACCCCGCCGGCGGCAAAGCCACAUGAGUCCGGAGGACUCGACGGAGACGCAACCACCUACGGCAGACAAGGGCCUCAAACACAGUGAAGUGGAAGCGGUCAUGAGGAGCCUCGUUGAGGGAGGGUGGUUUGAGAAGAGCCAGGAGGGAUUCUACGCAGUAAGUCCACGAACUCUGCUGGAGCUGCGUCCGUGGCUGGUAGAGACGUAUAACGAUGCCGAUGCCGAGGCAGAUGAGUGGCAGCGCAUCAAGUUUUGCGAGGCGUGCAAGGAUAUCGUCACCAUAGGGCUGCGGUGUGCCGCGCCCGACUGCACCUUAAGACUGCACGAUGCGUGCCAAGAUGCGUUGUGGCGGGCUCAGCGAUCCCAGGAUUGUCCCAAGUGUCACAAGGAGUGGACGGGGGAUCGGUAUACUGGUGAAAGGGCGGUGACCAUGACGGAGGCGUACCAGAGGGGCAGGAGAAGGAGUGCCGGGAGGAGAAGCACGUUGGCCGACGAUGUUAUCCAACAAGAGGGCAUGGAGGAUGAUGUGGAGGACGAGAACGAGCAAGAUGAGGUCGAUGAGACGUGA